AUGCGUCUCCCGACUCUCCUCGCCUCGCUCCCCAAGGACGGCAAGCACGCCCUCGUUCGCCCCCAGAUCUGGCCCGAGAACUCGUUCUACCGCGUUACUAAGACCAACCUCAAGUUCCGGGAAGUUCAGGGCCCUGAGCCCAAUGAGACGUACCUUCGGGCAAAGGGCAAGGCCUGGGGCCAGCUCUUCUGGAAGGGAAAGCAGGUCCACCCCCGUGACAGGCACUCUCCGCCGAUCAAGAACGCGCUGAAGCACAAGUGGGAGAUUGUCCCUCCGACGUCCGUCGCUUCGAUGUCGUCCGCCUUCGCUGCUGCCGACCAGGCUCAGGCCCAGGCUGAGGCCGCCGCCAGGGCUGAGCUCGUGAAGAAGCGUGAGGCCAAGCGUGUCCGUGUCGCCGAGGCUGCUGAGGCCAAGAGGCAGCUGCAGGCGAUCAAGGACGAGAAGAUCGCCAAGCACCAAGCCUGGAUGGACGAGCUCUACCGAAUCGCCAAGGCGAAGAGGCUCGCCAAGCAGAAGGAGCUGAAGGAGCAGGAGACUGGCGAGGCCCAGUCGAGCCAGUAG